AUGGAGCCCGAUCCGUUCGAGUCGCCAACCAGGGGCGCGGCGGCGCCGCAGUCCUCAUCCUCGUCGCUGAUCUUCCUUGGCACGGGUUGCUCCGGCGCGCUGCCCGACACACGGUGCCUCCUCAAGCCGUCCACGCCGCCCUGCGACGUCUGUUCCAUGGGCGUCUCCCUCCCUCCGGAGCGGAACCCCAACUACAGGCUGAACACCUCCCUCUUGAUAGACUAUUGCCAUGACGAAACCCACAAGUACAUCCUAAUUGACAUUGGCAAGACCUUCAGAGAACAAGUUCUCCGGUGGUUUGUUCACCACAAAGUUCCUUCCGUUGACUCAAUCAUUCUGACUCAUGACCACGCGGAUGCUGUCUUAGGCCUUGAUGAAGUCUGGGUGGUACAACCAAGAAAUGGCAGAAAUGACAUUGAACAAAUUCCUAUUUUUCUCACACAAUUCACCAUGGACAGUAUCGCGAGAAGGUUCCCCUACUUGAUGGAGCAGAAGCCAGAGGAUGGCGAUGAAGAUGCCCAAGCCACGAAAAUUGACUGGAAGAUAAUUGAGGAUGAUGUCGACAAACCGUUUGUAGCAUCAGGGCUAGAGUUUGUGCCGUUGCCGGUAAUGCACGGAGAGGGGUAUAUUUGUUUAGGCUUUUUAUUUGGGAGGAGAGCCAGAGUUGCAUAUUUAUCUGAUGUUUCGAGAUUUCUACCUAAAACUGAGCAUGUUAUUUCAAAGUCUGGUGCUGGACAGCUUGACCUUCUUAUACUAGAAGCAAACGCUUUGCAUGGAGUCGGAGAUUCUUUCAGCACCCAUUUAACUCUGAGUGAGAGUCUUGAUGCUAUCAAGAGGAUCCGUCCUAAACGAGCUCUGUUGAUUGGAAUGAGGCAUUUUUUUGAGCAUCAGAGAGAAAACCAGAUGUUGGCAGAAUGGUCUAUCAGAGAAGGAAUACCGAUACAACUGGCUCAUGACGGCCUGCGUGUAUUCAUUGAUUUGUAA